UGGGAUAUUCUGCAGUUGCUCUUAAUCAUGUCAUUGAUUUUAAAGAAAAGAAACAGGAAAUUGUCAAGCCAGUAUCUCCUUCAGAGUUGUUUCCAUCUUUGCCUAUUGUACAAGGGACGUCUAAAAGAAUUAAAGUCUUAACCCGGCUAACACUUGUUGUUUCUGAUCCUUCCCACUGUAACCUCUUGCGAUCAACAUCUGCAAAUAUAAGGUUUUAUGACAUCAUAGCAGUAUUUCCGAAGACUGAGAAGCUGUUCCAUAUUGCUUGCACAACUCUGGAUGUGGAUCUGGUAUGCAUAAAUGUAACAGAAAAACUGCCAUUCUACUUCCGAAGGCCCCCUGUGAAUAUGGCAAUAGAUCGAGGCAUUUACUUUGAACUUCUUUACACGCCUGCCAUCAAAGACUCCACAAUGAGAAGAUACACAAUUUCAAAUGCGAUCAGCCUGAUGCAGAUCUGCAAAGGAAAGAACAUUGUUAUAUCUAGUGCAGCUGAAAGGCCUUUAGAACUACGAGGUCCUUACGAUGUGGCUAAUCUAGGUUUGCUGUUUGGCCUGUCAGAAAGCGAAGCCAAGGCAGCUGUGUCUACCAACUGCAGAGCCACCAUGCUUCAUGGAGAAACUCGGAGGAGUGCCUGUGGGGUAGUGUACACGGUGAAGAAGCCUCGCAAGGUUGAGGAGGAAGAAACAACAUUGCCAGCCUGCAAAAAAGCUAAGACUCAAGCUUGAGGGCUGAACCAAUUGUCAACAGGAGCCUCCAUCCCAUCUUUACCCAGUGUUGAGUCUUCCCCCACCCUCCAGCCAGCCCAGUUCCUCCCUUACUACUUUAUUUAGCCUGGAGAAGAAUUAUUCUUCUGGUCUUCAAGUGAGGAAAGCCGUGGGCGUGAGACUGCUGAAUGGUAGUUCACCACAUCUGAAAGGUCAUGCUGGGAUUCUGGCCAAGGUCAGGAGACUGUCUCUCCACCCUGUCAUAGGUCUUCUGGAGUUAGUGCAAACUCAAUGCAACAUUUCUAACAUGGAAAGUUUCAGUUGUACAAGUGCAUUC